AUGCUCCCCAGCAGAAAAGGAGCAGAGGCCCACGACUGGCAUUUGGACAUGCAGCUGACCAGCAAGGUGGUACUGUCCGCAGCUGCGCUGCUCCUGGUAACAGCGGCUUACAAACUCUACAAGUGCAGGCUUGCACCAGCCGGGCAGGCGGGGAGAAAUAACAAGGGCCACAAGACAGAAAAUGAAACAGAGGGCUUGGGACAACCUGCCUUCCAGGAGGCUCCAUUGGGGACCCUGCCAAGGGGUCCAAGACGCAGAAAAGCCAGCAAGGGGGCUGGGGCCCCACUGGACUACAGCUUGGAGGAUCCAGAAGACUCCUGCAUUCUGGACACUUCCAGGUCUGAGGAGUCCGUAAGAAAAGGCUCUGAGGAAAGUCAGGGCAGGCAGCGUCCAGACUCUCAGCAGCUGUCUCCUCCCUGCGGUGGCCAGGAAGCCGGAAGAGAUGUUAGAGGUAAGCCCAACCCUCCCCACCUCCCUCAUUCGGCCUGUGAACCUACAAGCUCCCCACCCAGACUUGUCCCAGGAGUGGGUGGCAACUGUGUGGAUGACAAGCUCUCUCCAUGGCCAGACGGCAGACCCCUAGAGGAAACAGGGUCUGGGGACCCGGAAGCCCCCAGCUGUUGGACGGAUCCCACACUGGUCAACGGGGACAUGAGUCAGAGCUGGAUCUUCACCCACGUGACAGGGGUCAGCAGGGGAGAGGCCGGGGCCCUCCAGGCUGCUGCAGACAUGGGCUUGGCCACGCAGCAGCAGGAAGGAGCCACCAACGCCUCCCAUACCUUCUCAUCUGUGGCCCGGAUCCGGAUGGAGGAGAAUAUUAUACAGAAGGCAGAGGGACCAGAGCUGAAGGGCAGAGUAUAUGACUACUUUGUGGAGUCCACAUCGAAAGCUGUCUCCAGGCCAGUCCCCUGCACAGCAGCUUUGGCUGAUGCUCCGUCCCCUGGGCCUGGACCAGAGCCCCUGGUCACAGGAAUAGCCUCCAGAGACCAAGAUGAUAACACAGCCGGUGGCGCGUCUGAAGCAGCAUCCCCGAAGCCUGUACCACCCUCCUCUGCACCAGGCUUCAGCAGAAAGGUGAGCCUCCUGCAGAUCGCUGAGAACCCGGAGCUCCAACUGCAGCCUGAAGGAUUCAGGAUGCCCCUUGCUGCCUGCCUGGACCACAGAACCCAGCUCAGUUCAGCCUGCAGCCGUGGGGAGCCCCAGGUGCAGCUUGUAGCUGGGACCAACUUCUUCCACAUCCCGCUCACCCCUGCUUCAGCUCCAGAUGUCCGCCUGGACCUGGGCAACUGCUAUGAGGUGCUGACCUUGGCCAAGAGGCAGGGUCUAGAGGCCCUGAAGGAGGCAGCCUACAAGGUACUGAGCGAUAACUACCUUCAGGUUCUCCGCAGCACAGACAUCUAUGGGGGCCUGAGCGGGGCAGAGCGGGAGCUGAUCCUCCAGCGCAGGUUCCGUGGCCACAAGUGCCUGGUGGUGGCAGACAUGUGUCCUCAGGAAGACAGUGGCCGCCUCUGUUGCUAUGACAAUGUGCGAGAUGCUUGGCACCCGCUGGCCCAGCUACCCCAAGAGGCCAUGUCCCGAGGUUGUGCCCUCUGUACCCUAUUCAAUUAUCUGUUUGUGGUAUCUGGUUGCCAGGGACCUAGGGGCCAACCCUCCAACCGCGUCUUCUGUUACAACCCCCUGACGGCAAUCUGGAGUGAGGUGUGCCCACUGAACCAGGCCCGGCCUCACUGCCGGCUGGUGGCCCUGGAGGGUCACCUCUAUGCCAUUGGAGGUGAGUGUCUGAACACAGUGGAGCGUUACGACCCUCGCCUGGACCGCUGGACCUUUGCCCCACCACUCCCAAAUGACACAUUUGCCCUGGCACACACGGCCACGGUGUGCGCCAACGAGAUAUUUGUCACCGGGGGUAGCCUGCGCUACUUGCUGCUCCGAUUCUCAACCCAAGAACAGCGUUGGUGGGCAGGCCCCACUGGGGGCAGCAAGGACCGAACGGCCGAGAUGGUGGCCGUCAAUGGCUUUCUCUACCGUUUUGACCUCAACCGCAGCCUGGGCAUCAGCGUGUACCGCUGCAGUGCCAGCACCCGGCUCUGGUAUGAGUGUGCUACGUACCGCUUGCCUUACCCCGAUGCCUUCCAGUGCGCAGUGGUGGACGAUCGUAUCUAUUGUGUGGGGCGCAGGCGCACGCUCUGCUUCCUGGCGGACCACAUCUCGCCCAGGUUUGUGCCUAAGGAGUUACAGGGUUUCCCUUCUGCACGGGGCACCCUUUUGCCUGCCGUCCUGACCUUGCCUGUCCCUGAUGUGCCUCAGACCCCUGUCUAGCAGCCCUUCCUCUGGACUCCAACAGGAUUCAGGGAAACUCCCCGCCCAUCACUCUGGGUAAGAGGCUGGCAGGUACAUGGCCUGCCGCGGAGUGGAAAGUUGUCUUUCCUCCACCACAGGCUACGGGGCCUUGGAGGAUUCUUUGACAGCCAUGCUACAGGCCUGCUACAACACUGAAGCCAGAGCCUAGCAUCUCAGGACAGCUGGCGCCCUACAACUGCGUGAGUGACUGGCCCAGCACUGCGCUUCAAAUCAGAAUUCCUGGCUGGGGCUAUUUCAGGACCCCACGGGAAAUGAAGGGCCGCCGUCUUAUCCCAGUCACAGUUCCAGGGGCCAGGGUACUUCCGGGGGACCUCUCAAGCUGGCUGGCUUUCAGUGAGCUACCACAGACCACCUUCCUAAGCAAUGGUCUCACCAAUUCCUAAGCAUUGAGGCCUGCCUUAGGAGCUUCUAGAAGUACCUGGAGCACAGGUGGAAAGGACUGAAGGAGGUUUGGGCAGGAGCUCAGGAUAGCCCUGAGGUUUGGUGAGAAGGAUAGACACUGUAUACACAGGAACACUGUGUGUAGAGGACAUUGAC